GUCCUUGAUGCUCUUCUUGGCCUUCCUGUGACACCGUGUGCUGUAGAUGUUCUGGAGGGCAGGCAGUGUGCCCCUGGUGAUGCGAGGGGCUAACCGCACCACCUUCUAGAGAGCCCUGCGGUUGCGGACGGUGCAAUUGCCAUACCAGGCGGAGAUAGAACCUGACAGGAUGCUCUCAAUGGUGCAUCAUAGGGGCCUGCCUCAUGAGGUUGAAGAGGUGCAACACCACACUGUGUGUGGAUUGACCAUUUCCGGUUGUCAGUGAUCUGCAUGCCAAAGAACAUUAAGUAUUUUUUUAAUGGGUCUAUUUUUGUGUUUUUGUACUAUGUAGUCCCCCCCUUUCCUAAAAUUUAUAUUGUAUUCCUAUGGGUUACCACCCUGUACGGUAGGUGGCGGUAUGCACCUCUAAUAAUUGUUUACAAACCGCCGUAAUACCAAAGAAGAGAACUGACCGAGAACAUUAUCCACGUCAGAGUUUUGUGUUAUUAUUUAGACGUUUGUUAACACCAUUUCACUGCAUAGCAUCACAUACUUACCCCAUAAUUCGCGUUGGAGAUGGGACUUGGUUGAUAUGUUAUCUAGGUAACGCUAGAUAGUUGCUAACAAUGGCUAACUGUAUGGUGUUUCACACUCAAAUUGCCUCCAUUAUGGAGGUGCUAGCGAAUGCAGCCGUGGCAGAGAUUUGUAAACUCGUAGAUGACGACUAUGCAGUGCUUCGUUUGGAAGUAACUCAAAGCCAGAAAGAAAACAGGACAUUGCGGAGGAAACUACAACUAUUGGAACUGAAGGUGGCACAGGAGCGUGUCCUUCCCAGUAAUGUCAAGAUCCUCGACCGAUACAGAGGAAUUGCAAGAGGGGAAGGACAUCUCACUGGAGGCCACAGGAUCUCUGUGAAACCAGCGGGACACAAUACAUGGCGAGAUGACCAACGAGUCACCGUUGAUGAGGGGAGUGGAACCUUUAUCAUGAUAGAGUCUGCAGAAGCUGCAGGUCCUGGGGUCAAGCUUGAGAGGUCUGAAGGAGAGGGAGACCCAGGGCAAAGCAGAGACAUCCAGCUUGGAGCAGCUGGAACGCCCCCUGUAGCCACGGAGAACCCCACCACCACCCCGGCGCCCCCCAGGUCCCGAUGCAGCAUCAUGGAGGUCAGUGGCACGCCGAACGCCGCCCUCAAGUCAGAGACAGACACAGAAACAGAGACUUUAACGGGGCUAUUCCGACUGGACUGUCCUGCUCCUCGCUCAGAGAAUUUACUUCAUGGGAACCUGAGCCCGAGGAAGAUUCUGUCCCAUCAGGACUCAGGUGAUGCGUUACAGACUGGCAAUGAUCCAUCCUGUUCAUAUGCAGCAGAGACAGAGAUGAUACCUGCUGACAUGCCUGUGGGCUUAGAUACACAGACUAAUCUAAUGAGAGAGGACUGGAACCAGUACAGUAGUAGUGUAUACUCUGAAGGGUCUCUAGAUAAGAAAGGGGAGGGUCUGGUCGUAGAUGAGGUGACUGUGAAAGUGGAGGAUGACGUUCCUCUGACAUGGAAUGAAGACCAGACUCAUUUAGGAGGACAGUCGCAGGGCAACACUAGUGACUUCUUAGACUACAGGGAAAGCUUAGAGACCAAUCUAAAUGUGUUCAAGGAUCGUGACCCAGUGUCCGCGUUGAUGGGACCUUCUGAUUCACAAGGCUGCGUCCUUUUUGAUCAGGUGCUGAACUCAAACGACAGGACUAGGGCCCAGGCUCAGGGAGGGGGAGCAACAUCGGACAAUAGUAAAGAGAAGCGGUUCCUCUGCAUGUUCUGUAACAAAGGCUUCAGCUGCUCCCAGAAGGUGGAGAUCCACCAGAGGGUCCACACAGGAGAGAAACCAUACAGCUGUACCCAGUGUGAUAUGCGUUUCGCUGAGGCUGGCAGCCUGAAGAGGCACCAGAGGGUCCACACAGGAGAGAAACCCUUCAGCUGUACCCAGUGUCAUAUGCGCUUUUCCCACUCAUCCAGUCUGAAGAGGCACCAUAGGGUCCACAACCCUACAGCUGCCCCCAGUGUGAGAAGAGGUUCUCCCACCAGAACCAGGUGAAAAUGCAGCUGAAGGUCCACACGGGAGAAAGGCCGUUCGCCUGUACCCACUGCAGGAAGAGGUUUUCAGAGAGGAGCUACCUCAAGCUACACCAGCAGAGUAACCAUUACACUCGAUAGCUUCUGACGUUUAGCUCAAACCCUGUAUUAAAGCAAAGAUGUAUUUUUUAUUGUUGUCAGCAGAAAAGACCCACAGAUGCAUUUGGAAUAAAGAGAUUAACAGAUUUCAAUGUAGAAUAUUCCUGGGUAGAAUAUUUCAUCCAGACAUUGUGUGAUAUAUAAGCCUAACAUGUGUGUUACAUAUUGUGUUUGUACUGUGUAGGCUAUAUGAUGAUCUCAUUACUUCCAUUCAUCUACUUUCCCAAGAUACUUUUAAUGGUCAAAUCUAUGCGGUUUAUCAAAUUCAUGGAGAUUUUUAGUUUGGACAAGUGUAUGUGUGGUUUUCAUAUGGUGUAUUUAAAACUUGUUUAUUUAAUAAAUACAAAAUGGGCCUUUUCA